UUUCGCAGUUAACAUGAGAUGAUGCUAGGAAAGUUACAGAAAUGGCUGCGAUGGUGAGUGAAGAAUCAACUCCACCACUCGGUUUCUGAUCUAAAAUAUUUCUCAUAUUUGCAAGAAUUUCCGCCAUGUGCGAUUGCCUUCAUUCCGCUUUGCUCUCCCAUUCGUCUCUAAUUUCCACUUGUAAUCUAGGGUUUAAUGCUCUACCAACACCAAGAUUUCUCCCUUUCCUCUGGUAUUCAAAGAGCAAGGCGCAGUAUGCCAGCGCCCGUCUCAAGCCCAGUUCGAACACUUCUAUAAAAGCCAAACUAAAUUCGAGCCCCUUAAACUCAGAUGACUAUGGAUUCUACGGUGAAUUUGGGAUUAAAGAGGAUGUAAUGACUGAAAUUCAAUGGAAUAGAGAACGGAGGGAUGAAGAUGAAGACGAGAAUUUGAGUCCCCGGGAUGGGAUUGAGGAUGGUUUUCUUGAAUUCCAUGGGGAGAAUAGUGGAAAAGAUGGCGUGGGUCGAGUGAAAGAUGAAGAAUUGGUGAGAAGUAGAGUGGAAUCUGGGGAUGUUGAUUCCAAGCUAGAGAAACGAAGCGUGAAGGGCGGGAGGCAAAUGAUGAGGAGGUCGAGUAUGAUUGCUAAACAAGUUAUCACCAUUAAUUCUGCUCUCAGCUUGGGAUUUGUUUCUCAGCUCUGGGUCGACAUUAAUUCCCGGGUUGUUUUGCUUGUUGAAGUGAGGCCAAACUUACUCUCUGGAGAAGUGGAAUGGUGUCUUCUGGAGGAUGUCAAACAGGUGGGAGAUGUUCUCCUUAUCAAGGAUGAGUCUGUGCUGGAAAAUCAAUUCAGACUAGCUGGGCUUGAGACAUUGGUGGGUUACAAUGUUGUAACACGAGGUCGGCAGAAUAUUGGAAAGGUGCGUGAUUACAUUUUUAACGUUAACUCUGGGGUCGUGGAGUCACUUGAGGUUGAUUCAUUUGGAAUACCAAUGAUUCCGUCAAGUUUGGUUAGCACCUAUGGAUUAUUUGUUGAAGAUGUAGUGACUGUUUUAUCAGAUACCAUUGUUGUCAAAGAAGCUGCAGCCUCACGCAUACAAAGGCUUACAAAGGGAUUAUGGAGUGGCCAGAAUAGAGGGAACUCUAUAGAUGAGUUGGAAGAUUAUGCUGACCUAGAAGAAACACAGCAUCCUCAACCCAACAAUGGCAAACGCGGAAGGAGAAAUUCCUCUCGCAAAAAAUUCAAAGAACGAAACGACGAUUGGGAGCAUCCUAUGGAUUUCCUAUAAUGUGCUUGAGAUUGAUGUUUCCUUGCAUGCAUGCACACACACACAUAUAAAUAACAUUACGUUUGCCCUCGCAUCGCGCUCAUUUUCCUUUCUUCUAAUAUAUUCCCUAUUUUGUUUUGCUGCAUUUUUGGGUUGUCGAGGGAAACCCGCAGAUAUUUCCCUAUUUUGUUUUACUGCAACCACUAUUCAAGGGUGUGCAUUGGGUGAACUCUGCCUUGUGACCCUAGUUGGCAAAGGACCUUAAGGAGGUAACCAGUUUAGGUUGUCCAUAGCUGACCAGCUUAAAUCAAGAAGGUUGGGAUUCAAAUUUGUGAUUUUGCGGUUACAAGUUUGUAUCUUUGGCCAGCUUGGCUGAGGUUAUCCGUAUUUUACUAUAUUUACCUGCACAGUAAUGUGUUCUCGAGCUUCUGGUCCCCUAUUCUUGCCACAGUUUACUUCUUGAUGGGGAUAUAUAGGUCUUUUACAUAA